ACGCCUUCUAUCGAAGUAGGUUCGUAAAUGGCUGUCAAAGACAAAGGCCAACUACGCCUUAAGGUACCACGCAAACGGCUUGUCAGCAACGUAGGUACAGAUCUGCUUCGGUUCGAGGUAGGCGUUCAGGCCGAACGGUCCGAGCUCGCGACCGAUGCCGCUCUUCUUGACGCCGCCCCACGGCAACUCCACAAAGCAUGGCUGCGAACAGUUGUUCCACACAAUUCCAGCGCGCAGAGCCUUCGUCACGCGCUUGAGCUGCACGUCAUCUGACGUAAACACGGCAGCCGCCAGGCCAAACUCCGAGUCGUUUGAAAGAGCAAUGGCCUCUUCCUCCGUCUUGAACGUCAUCACGGAUAGCACAGGGCCAAAGAUCUCCUCCUUCCAUACGCGCAUGUUCUUGGUCACCUUGGUGAUGAUAGUGGGCGGAACAAAGUAGCCCUUGUCACUACUCGGCAGAGUUCCUUGGGCCACAGUCGCACCCUCGUCCUUCGCGCUCUGGAUGUACCCCAGUACCUUCGCCUGUUGCACUUUGGAUACCAGCGGACCCAUCUGCACCUUACCAUCCAGCGGGUCUCCAAGCAAAAGCUUCUUGGUCUCCUUCACCAGUAGCUCAAUGAACUCAUCGGCGAAGCUCUCGUGAACCAGCAGCCGUGACGUUGCGCUGCAGAUCUGGCCGUUCGUCCAGAAGCAGCCGAACAUGACCCACUCGACUGUACGCUCGAUGUUGACUUUGUCAAACACGAUCGCAGGGGAUUUGCCACCAAGCUCCAGCGAGAUCUUCUUUAUGUCCUUUGCAGCUUCAGUCAUGAUGUUGCGUCCCGUGGGUACGCUGCCCGUGAAGGCCACCUUGUGUACAUCUGGGUGUGAAACCAGCGAACCUCCAGCCUCGGCUCCCAAGCCGUUGAUCACGUUCAGGACGCCGGCGGGCAAGCCCACGUCGGCUGCCAGCUGCGCCAGCUGCAGUGCGCUCAACGGUGUAAUCUCGGACGGCUUGAGCACCACGGUACAGCCCGCCGCUAGGGCUGGAGCCAAUUUCCAGAGUGCCAUGAGCGCCGGAUAAUUCCACGGGAUGAUGGCGGCCACCACGCCCACUGGUUCGUAGCGCAGAGCGCCAAGGAAGUCCUCAAGAGGAAGGUCUACCUUCUCGUAUUGGCGAGCAUCCAGGGCCUCGGCGGCCUUGGCGUAGUACUCAAAGCAGCCAGAGACGUCCUCAAUGUCCCACACAGCUUCUGCCAGUGGCUUGCCAUUGUCCAGUGUCUCGAGGCGGCUCAACGCGUCGAUGCGCUUGGCCACCAGCUCGCCCAUCUUGCGGAGGUACACGGCUCUCUCGGCCCCCGUGGUAGAGCUCCAUUUGUCGAAGGCGCGCUUCGCAGCCUGCACCGCCAGGUCCACGUCGGCGGAUGAGGCGGCGGCCACCUGCUGGAUCACCUCUUCGUUGGCGGGGUUGAUCACGUCGAUGUACUUCUUGUUGACAGGCGCUACCCACUUGCCGUCGAUGAAGAGUUCCUUCAGUGUUGGGAUCGGGUCGCUCAUACUGGAAUAGCUUAUUGUCAGGUGCUGGAUACUGCGCGAAUUGGAAAGUGAUUGAAUGCAGGGAACUUCGAUGUGCUUCGCUUCUAAACCUGGAACCAAGUUGAACCUUCCUAGCCGUAUGCCAGCGUGGACCACAUGCCGCAAAGCAUGAGGCCUCUUGUCGAUGCGCGUCAUAGAUGGAUACACUUAUAUGAUAAUGUUACCCUCCCUGAAGCGCUUGACCGCGUAACACAAUCCGCAUCGUCGGACAACAUUGUUCUCAAGCUGCGGAACUAUUUGAUCAGUGUCCUCCGUAAACAAUGAAAAUUCCUUGGGUGGUUGGUGAAAGGUAAACUGGUAUCGAUUCGAGUUCACUUACAAUGUACUUAGUAUAAUGCAUAACAUAG